CAUUUUAUACGUUUCUGCUGACGCCACAGUGGAUAAACCUUCCUUCUUCUUCAAUUCCUUAAACCCAUCCUCCGACCUUCAUCAGAAGCUGAAGAAGAAAAGGUUUUUUUGGGCUGGAUUGAGUUUUUUUCACAUGGCCAGUCUCACUAGCACCCCUCUUUGGAAUUCCUGUACCAUAAAAAGGAAUGGCAGUGAGCAUGAAUUCUCAUGUAGGUAUCCUAGGCAAUAUCAAGCUAUUAAAGCAAUGAAAAUAGAGAAAUCACUUGAGGAGUUAUAUAAUGUAAAGGUGGAAAGAAAGGUGUCGAAAGCACGGCUAGCAGAGCUGGGUGUGUCAAAAUGGUCAGUUUGGAAAACAGGAAAGUGCCAGCUUCCUUGGGAUUGGCAUGUUGAUCAGUUGGUAUAUGUUGAGGAAGGAGAGGUACGAGUGGUGCCAGAUGGGAGCGAACGCUACAUGCGAUUUGUGGCUGGUGACCUUAUUCGCUACCCAAAAUGGUUUGAAGCGGACCUCUGGUUUAAUGAUUUUUACCAAGAGCGUUAUAGAUUUCUGGCUUAUGGAGAUGAGUAGCAAUUGUAUGCUGGGUUGCUAAUGGUAGUUUGAACGAAGUUAGAUCAAUUAGCUUGUCAUAAGUAGCUGGUGCUCUGAACUGAACGCCCAAUGGUUGAGAGCUAUAUAGUCUAGUUAUGAAUUACAUGUGUGGAAAUCAUUUUUGAAGAUUGUAGAGUUCUAUCUUAAUGUAUUUUAUUUUAACAUUCCAGUCUUAGGAUUUGUAAGUACUAUGUUUGUUGAUCACACCAGAUAAACUUUGAAAUCAAUGUGUUCUAUUCUGCGGUUGGAUUCUGAUCAGAAUCUCUUGCAUUGCUAAUAGGGAUGUCGAUUCCUCUUCUCCUAAUUGCUGCAAUUUGGUGGGAAUAUCAUCCCAUUCAUCUUUGUUGAUCGGACCGAAUGUUUCUUUUGGUUGGGUGGUGAAAUUUGAAGUGACCGGAACAAGGUUAGCUGGGAAGCUAUCGCAGUCUUUGGGCAACUUGGACCAGCUCAGGGCAGUAAACCUGUUGAUAAAUUACCUGAGAGGUUCAAUUCCUCCAACGAUGUUACAUUUGUCAAACUUAGAGGUUACAGGUUUCAGUUACAAUCAGUUUAUUGGGGCUUCUUCCGGAAUUUUCAACAUUUCAGAGAAUCCAUUUUCAGGUCCUGCGCUAGUGGGAAUAUGUGGCAAUUCAGUUGAAAUUCAGGAUUUGAGGAUGGGACUCGGGAGCGAAUUAUUUCACUGGAAUUUGGCCUCGCAUCGGACGUUAUUCAUGGUGGUUCACUGAAGGUAUCUUUCAAUUGAAAAUUUUGGAUAGAUUGAAUCUGCAGGACAACAGAUUCUCAGGGAACCUUAACUGACAACAAUGGUAACCUCUCCCUAGUCUUAUUCAACUUAAUAGUUUCAGUAUGUUGAAUUAUUUUGCUUCUCAAUCAGAUAAGUUCACUGGAACGUCAAUCGUUGGCGAGUUCCCCAACUAUAAGCUAAGCUCCUUUAAUCUGAAAAAUUAUUCUUUGGGUGAUGCAGUAGAUCUUGAUUGUGCUGCAAUGAUCAGUCUUGUUCACUUGGUAGCAAUCAGUUUACGCAGGUUCAUCCCUGAUAACCUUGCUGGCUGUCCACGGUUGAAAACCAUAGAUCACUUUACAUUGAUAACUAUCACUUGCACUGGAAUCUUUACAGCUAGCCGUUGUAGGAACUUACUCAAUUAAAGAGUCUUGUAAAAGAAUUCUUCAGAUGAACCAUAUCUUCAAUUCCCAUUGAAGAAAAAUGUUGCUGCAGUAUGAUCAAACUUUUAGCCUUCCACCAACAUAAUAACUUCCCUAUUUGACCCUUUUGGCCGGAGUUUGGAAAAAAUCAAAAUCUUAAUCUUUUUAUCAAUUACGUUUGUCUCAUGACGAAGCAUGGAUCUGUAUGGUGCC